AGUAGUCUGAAUGAUAUACCACAUGAGAAGUUUACCGCAGCUCGUAGUAAAGCAAAUCCAUAUGAGAAGAUUGAAAGUUAUAUUUUUAUCAAUCGAUCUGCUAUAAAAUUGGCUUGUUUAGACGCAUUGUUUAGUUUUACCAGAACUAAAAGAUAUGAUCCUGUUAAAGAUUUGGUGUUUUGGUUUGCAGAUUUAUGUGGUGGACCGGGUGGAUUCGCAGAGUAUUUAUUAUGGAGGAAAAAUUCAUGGAGCGAAAAAGCAUUUGGAUGGGGUAUAACUUUAACUGGUGAUAGAGAUUAUGACUUGGAUAGGUUUCGUUUCGAGACUUUAGUUAAAGAUUGUUUUAAAAAUUGUUAUGGUGCUGAUGGUACAGGUGAUUUAUAUAAUGAAGAAAAUAUUAAAAAUUUUGCAAAAGUAGUGAUGGAAGGAACUGAUGGUGUCGGUGUUGAUUUGGUUACAGCUGAUGGUAGUCUUAAUUUUAGAGGAAAAGAAGAUUUGCAAGAACAUCAUUCAAAACAAUUAUUGUUAUGCCAAGUGAUUGCAAUGUUUAAGACUUUGAAAAAAACAAGUAGACCUGCAAAUUCUGAAAGAAGUUUAAAACAACACAAUCCACCAAUGGUAGAUUAUCUUUUUGAUGUUAAUAAAAAAUUCAAUGAUUUAAAAAAAAAAUCAUCCAAAGACCAGCAUCAACAAGAUCAUGACAAUAAUAUUAUCCAGAUAGUUGAUUUAAAUGAAAUCAAUAAAGAUGAAGAUUUUGUUGAAUUUUUGAAAAUGAGAAAUAUGAAAAUUGCAAUAAAACAAACAGAAGCAAUUGAGGAUAUUUUAAAAUAUGUGAAUGAUCCGAAUUUAAAACCACCAAAUCAAGAUGAAUAUAAAAGACUUUGUUUGCUUGAAUGGGGUUUAAGUUUGGAUGAAUUUGAUGACGAAGAUGAACAACAAGAGAUGGAAGAAGAUAAUCCUUAUGAUAUAGCUUAUUAA